AAGUGGUGAAACUGAAAUCAGAACCCGGAAAUAGGUGGGGAAAUUAGGACGUUGUAGGACACUGUUUAUCGGAGCUAUCUCCUCUUCUUACUCGUAGUUAAAUAACUUUUAAACCCUACUUUAAUUUUAAAGUGGCAUGGAGCAUGUAUCAAACAAGAUGCCUUUGACUGAGCCACAACGGAUAAGACAGGAGUGAAGAGACCUACGCGCCCCUAACAGUCACACUUGGACAAACCCAUUAUGUUGGUGACAGCCUACCUGGCCAUGGUGGUCCUACUGGUGCUAUGUGUUGGUCUGGAGCUAACGGCACGUCGCCUCACCCCACCUCAACCCACCCCCUCUGCCAUGGGCACCAACCCUGCCUUCCGUAGGUUCCAGACCGUGUUCCUCCGAGGCUACCUCUUAGCCUUGUCGGCUGACUGGCUGCAGGGGCCAUACCUCUACAAGCUCUACCGCCAUUACAGCUUCCUGGAGUCCCAGAUAGCCAUCCUAUAUGUCGUUGGCCUGGCCUCCUGUGUGCUGUUUGCCCCCGUGGCUAGCUGGCUUCCUCAGGUCCUGGGGCGGAGACGGACCUGCCUGCUGUUCUGCGUGGCCUACUCAGCCUGUUGCCUCACCAAGCUGUCCCGUGACUACUUUAUCCUGAUCCUGGGUCGCGUGCUAGGAGGCCUGUCCACCUCUUUGCUCUCCACAGCCUUCCAGGCCUGGUACGUGCACCGACAUGUUGACGUCCACGACUUCCCUAAAGAAUGGAUCCCCAGUACCUUCACCAAGGCUGCUAGCUGGAACCACGGGCUAGCGAUGGGGGCUGGGCUGGUGGCUAACAUGUUGGCUGAGUGGCUCCACCUGGGGCCUGUGGCGCCCUUCCUCCUGGCCGUGCCCUGCCUUGGGGCCUGUGGCUGGGUGGUGCUGACUGAUUGGGGCCUGGAGGAGAAGGAUGGAAGCCUGGAAGGGGACAACAAGAAGCCCUUGCUCGGUCCUUCUAGUUCAGCACCUCUGGCCCGGGCUUCUGCACGGGCCCGGUUCUGGCGCAGCUGUCAGGAAAGCCUCCGCUGUCUCUUAUCAGACAGACGGGUGAUGCUUCUAGGAGGAGUCCAGGCUCUAUUUGAGUGUGUCCUCUAUAUAUUCAUCUUCCUGUGGACCCCCGUCCUGGACCCCUAUGGCCCUCCGCUGGGCAUGGUCUUCUCCUGUCUGAUGGCAGCCAGUAUGGCGGGGUCCCUGCUCUACCGCCUGGCCACCUCCACCCGCUACCGCCUUCAGCCUGGGCACCUCCUCUGCUUCUCCAUGCUGCUCGCCUUUUUCUCCUUCUUCAUGCUCAUCUUCUCCACUGCACCGGGCCAGCCCAGACCCCGCGAGUCCCUGCUGGCCUUCCUGCUGCUGGAGCUGGCCAGUGGUCUCUACUUCCCUGCUGUCAGCUUCCUCCAGGGGAGGGUGAUCCCGGAGGAGAAGAGGGCCGGGGUGCUGGCCUGGUUCAGGCUGCCUCUGCACCUUCUGGCCUGCCUGGGGCUGCUGGCGCUCCACAGGGAGGUGUCGGGGACCGGAGGGGGCGAGGGAGGAAGUGGAACCAGGCAUAUGUUUGGUGGUUGUGCUGUUUUGAUGCUAGCUGCACUCUUGGCUGUGGUCAGUCUCUUUACACUGGGAAGGAACGAUGUGGAUCUCAGACUGGAUGGGCCCAAAGGAGAGGGAGAUAAUUGACAUUUAGAUUCAGAAAACUGAACUGUCCCAACAUUGGGCAAUGCCAUGGAGGAGGAGGACUAUGAAUACACUUACUGCUUUGUUUACAGCGAUGAAGACUUGUUUGGGAACUGAACAACUUUUGUGCGACUGAAAACUGAAGCUUUAAUCAACAUAGGAGUUGCUAAUAUAAGACAAUGAUUUAAAAUAAUCUGGUGUUGGUAAGGUAUAUUUUGUUGCAAGAUUUCCUGAUAUUUAUUUGUUUUAAUUUUGUUAAGACUAGCAAAUAUCUUGUUAGAUUGUUGAGUAUAUGAAGAAAAUGUGUUUUUAUAUGGAUUUACUAUGUGGCGGUCUGCAUCUUCUCAAGGGGUUGGGUUAAAUGCAGAAGAUACACUUUGGUUGAAUGCAUUCAGUUGUGCAACUGACUUAUUUCUUUAAACACACACAUACACACACUCUGACGCACUUGCUUGUGUAUUAAUGUUGCACCAGUUGGUAGCUCCAGGAUGUUAUUUAUAUCUCAGCCUGACCACGUUAUAGGGUUUAUCAACUGCAUUGUUCAGGGUGUACCUCUCAGCCAGGGCAGAACAAGGCUUCCAUCACUAGCGUUGUUCAGGGUGUACCUCUCAGCCAGGGCAGAACAAGGCUUCCAUCACUAGCGUUGUUCAGGGUGUACCUCUCAGCCAGGGCAGAACAAGGCUUCCAUCACUAGCGUUGUUCAGGGUGUACCUCUCAGCCAGGGCAGAACAAGGCUUCCAUCACUAGCGUUGUUCAGGGUGUACCUCUCAGCCAGGGCAGAACAAGGCUUCCAUCACUAGCGUUGUUCAGGGUGUACCUCUCAGCCAGGGCAGAACAAGGCUUCCAUCACUAGCGUUGUUCAGGGUGUACCUCUCAGCCAGGGCAGAGCAAGGCUUCCAUCACUAGCGUUGUUCAGGGUGUACCUCUCAGCCAGGGCAGAACAAGGCUUCCAUCACUAGCGUUGUUCAGGGUGUACCUCUCAGCCAGGGCAGAACAAGGCUUCCAUCACUAGCGUUGUUCAGGGUGUACCUCUCAGCCAGGGCAGAACAAGGCUUCCAUCACUAGCGUUGUUCAGGGUGUACCUCUCAGCCAGGGCAGAACAAGGCUUCCAUCACUAGCGUUGUUCAGGGUGUACCUCUCAGCCAGGGCAGAACAAGGCUUCCAUCACUAGCAUUGUUCAGGGUGUACCUUUCAGCCAGGGCAGAACAAGGCUUCCAUCACUAGCGUUGUUCAGGGUGUACCUCUCAGCCAGGGCAGAACAAGGCUUCCAUCACUAGCGUUGUUCAGGGUGUACCUCUCAGCCAGGGCAAAACAAGGCUUCCAUCACUAGCGUUGUUCAGGGUGUACCUCUCAGCCAGGGCAGAACAAGGCUUCCAUCACUAGCGUUGUUCAGGGUGUACCUCUCAGCCAGGGCAGAACAAGGCUUCCAUCACUAGCGUUGUUCAGGGUGUACCUCUCAGCCAGGGCAGAACAAGGCUUCCAUCACUAGCGUUGUUCAGGGUGUACCUCUCAGCCAGGGCAGAACAAGGCUUCCAUCACUAGCGUUGUUCAGGGUGUACCUCUCAGCCAGGGCAGAACAAGGCUUCCAUCACUAGCGUUGUUCAGGGUGUACCUCUCAGCCAGGGCAGAACAAGGCUUCCAUCACUAGCGUUGUUCAGGGUGUACCUCUCAGCCAGGG